AUGACACGGAGAGUCGAACUGAAGAAGUCAAGAAGUCAUACCAGAGACUCUCAAGAGUCUUCGGAUCCUGAGGUCAACAGGUUUGACGAGGAGAUGGCAGACGCAGACUAUGACGCUGAUGAGCGGGACGAGGAGAAUGCUGUCCUGUCUAGGCUUGCGGGGAAUUACAGGCGAUUUUCAGAGUCUCAGAACAGAAUGCGGCAGGAGGGGUCUGGCGAAGACGACUAUUCGCAUGACCACUAUGGUUAUGACGAGGAGUCGGAGGCCCAGGAAGACGACGAGGACCUAAUGCGCUCGCUUCAUGGGGUUUUGGGUGCUAACAGAAGCAGGACUGGUGCGCCGCUGCAGCUCUCUUUGGCCAAUGCCUUAGGCAGCUCUUCUCGUCCGGACGAGUCGCGCAACACAAGGGGCGAUGCCGAGGAUAAUGACGGAAAUCACCAAGACGCCGAAUUUGGUAUGUUUAGGAGUGCAUUGGGGAGAAUGUUCCCGGGAGCAGGGUUCGGCGAAAUGUUUGGAGGCGUCACCCGUAUUUCUGAGCUGGCGAAUGCUUUGAAGGAAGAUGAAGACCCGUAUACGGUGCUGGAGACGCUCAACGAGUUGUCGGAGCGGCUGCUAAUGAUUAACGGGAUUCUAGCAGAACGGAACCUUCCUACUUACAGAUUGGCACAAGCAAUUGUCUCGGUGAUUGAGAACCCUCUGUACCAAGAGGAUUUGGAAGUGCAACUCGUCUCUUGUCGUUGCCUGUACAAUCUACUGGAGGUCAACGUCGAUGCGGUCCAUGAUGCUGUUGCCGCAGGGGCAAUCGAAGCGCUACAGUCAAAGCUCUUGGAAAUCAGCUACAUCGAUCUGGCAGAGCAGGCUCUGCAGACUCUCGAAAUGAUUUCGCGUGACUGUGGUAGAGACAUAUUGACGAAGAACUGUUUACCGGCGUGUCUCAUGUACUUGGACUUUUUUACUAUACAUGCCCAACGAAAGGCCCUUUCCAUCGCAGCAAACUCACUCAAAUAUGUGCCAAAAUCCAAGUUUGAUGAUGUGCGUGAAGUUUUCCCCAUCAUCGAGCGCGUUGCCAUAGAAUACUCGGACUCUACAAGCGUGGAAAGCGCGUGGCUAGCCAUCUCAAGAGUCGUGAAAAGUUUCGAAAAGGAACCCCCUCUGCUGGAGUCUUUGAUCAGCGAGAACUUACUCAGGAAACUACUCACUCUUCUCCCUAGCUGUCUAGGUAAAGGCUCACAUUCCAACAACCUCAUUAGUUUCAAUUCCUGUUUGAAACUCAUCCAGUCUCUUUCAAUUAUAGCUAACUCUUCUCCAAAAUUGUCGAUAUCGCUUUUAGAGAACGGGGAACUGAGCCGAAUGAUUUUGGUUUCAUUGGCCGGAUUUGACCGAAACAUAAACGAUACGGCUCCAGAAUAUUCAGUCCCUCAAGUUUCCGUCGAGGCUUUGAUGGCCGCCCCAAAAGAGUUGAUUCUCGCUAUGAUCAAUCUUAUUGCACCAAUUCUUCCUUUUGGUGAACCAGAUGGAAACGCCCAAGGAAAGACAGACGUCGGAAAUUUUCGCGGGACCAAUCAAUCUCAAGAUCGGAUAGAAUUGAACAAGACAAGACUGUCACUCUAUAAAGACGGUGAUAAUAUCGGCAAAUUUGAGACAUUUGUUAAAGAGAUGCUUCCACUGAUGAUAAACAUUUACACAUCUACUGUGGAUUAUAAAUUGAGACGUCUGGUGUUACUUUGCAUGCUUCGCGUAGUGUAUGCAUCCACAAAGUCUCAGCUGGCAAAUCUUGUUCAAAGUUGCAAUGCAACAUCAUUAUUAGCAUCAAUCGUUAUUCAUGGUAUCCACGUAUUAAGGAAAAGCGGCCAAUCUCGUUCAUCGACGUUCGAGAUGAGACCAUAUGUGUUGAUCUACGGAGCAUUGACAAUCACAGAUAUUCUUCUGCUCAAAGUGCCAGAGGUCUUUGUGGCAGAGUUCGAACGCGAAGGACUCAUAACACACAUUGAACACUUUAUGAACGAUCUUGAUCAGGAUGACAGAAUAAUCAAAGCUUUGGAAAGACAGGAGGAUCACAUGGAUGAAGACAAAAGCGAGGACGAGGUGCCGAAAAUCAGCUCAGACGAAAGAACUCAGGAAGAAGACCAGCACAAUGAUGAAGAGAAUAGCGAGGAUGAAUCAAACGAGGAGGAGGAAGAGGAAGACGACGACGAGCCUGUGGAUUCACAAAGUGAUGAUGAACAGUUGUCAGCCCGUUUGUCAACACGUUUCGUUCGUGAUUAUACUUUAGAUAGCGACGGAACUUCUUCUAUCACAAUUGAGUCAUUACUACUAGAGCUGGCCAGAUUGUGUAAAACCUUUGAGAGAGAUUAUAAGGCUCUGAAGCAGACAACGCCAUCUCUGAGCUCUUCUCAGACCAUUAUGCUGACAGAGAUGAAAUCCAUUUUCGACAACAGCCAUGGUCUGAGUUAUCAAGAAUGGGCGGACAUUUGGCGCAGGUUCGCAGAAACCUGUGGAUUUCUGAUCAGCGAACGUCAGGUUUCAAGCUUUGAGCUGAUUGCUUCUGGCCUGAUAGCGUCUCUUUCCGACUUAUUUCGUCGAGAGCUAGCGGAAGAAUCUUCUCAUUGCGUUAAGGCGUUCCAGGAUCUGAUUUGUUCGAGUUUCAGUCCUUUAGGAAAUGGCGAACAUCUUCCACUGGUAUAUUUCGUGAAAAAGUUAGAGGAAGCUUUGAGCAGGACGGAAUCUUUUGAAAUCAUAAGUUCGGGAGCCAACUGCUACGCCUCCGGUGUAAGCGGCCCUACCUCGUCAAUGGCGAAACAGAUCAAAAUAAAACUUAUUCCUGAAGACCCAGAGCAUGGCGGGAGACAACUCAUGCUCAUGGUCCAUGCUAUUGCCACGUUUAAAUCGAUCAACGGAUUCUUAAAACAACGAGCGGAUGGAAUGAGGGGCCUAAUGAGGGCGAUAACUAUUCCAGCGCAGCAUGCCGAAGGGGAGACACCUUAUCAUAUUGAAUUCUCGAUCAAUGGUGAGGUUAUCCCACACGGAACGACCAUUUAUGGCGCAAUUUACCGUUCCGUUCAAAACGAAUCAAAUGACAUAGUGCCUUCUCGAAAGAUCUGGACCAGCAUUCCUCAUGAGGUUCAUUAUCGCAGGGUCGAGGGUGACUUACCUGAAUAUGAGGAGGAUCUUUAUCCAGCCGACGGAUUUGAAGAUUCUCUGGAGUCUUUGGGCGACAUUUCCACUGUUCAAAUACUCGAGCUUCUGCAAAUGUUGUACACUGUUAAUAGUGCCACCCAUCACCCGGGAGCCUCGGAGACGCUAUUUUUGAACUACAAGCUCACUGCGAAGCUGAAUCGCCAAUUGGAAGAACCUCUGAUUGUGGCCAGCGGAACGCUGCCCGACUGGAGCGUGCAUAUCACUCGACAGAUGCCGUUUUUGUUCCCUUUGGAUACAAGAGUUUUCUUUUUACAAUCGACCUCGUUUGGAUACUCUAGACUUAUCAAUCUGUGGCAAACUCGGUCAAGCCAAGAUGAAGAAGCGUCAGCAUCUGGAGGAAAUGGUGCUUCACAACUAGGACGUCCUGUUAGACACAAGCUGCGCUUGUCCAGAAAGAAGCUAUUGCAAGGUGCCAUCAAGGUAAUGGACUGCUACGGCACUAUACCGGGAAUUUUGGAGAUUGAGUAUUUCGACGAAGCAGGAACUGGUUUGGGGCCUACGCUGGAGUUUUACGCCAACGUUUCCAGAGAGUUUGCAAAAGCUAAGUUGAACAUGUGGCGGACGAAUGGGCGCAACUAUUCCGAGUCUACCUCCUCAUCUGAUUCCGAGAGCGAGUACGUGAAGUUCGAAACAGGACUUUUCCCUCGACCAAGUGCCAAGCCAAGCUCAAAGGUUCUGCAUCUAUUCUCUGUGUUGGGCAAGUUUGUUGCGCGCUCGCUGUUGGAUUCGCGAAUCAUCGACUUUGAAUUCAACCCGCUAUUUUUCGAAAUCGCCAAAGAGUUGGACACCAAGAGCAGGAAAGAACUAUCCAGGAAAAAAUCCAUCGAACGCCUGAGCAGAGUCGACACCGAUCUUGCCAAGUCCCUUGGCCAUCUAACCAGGUAUUUAGACGCUUAUGCCGAGAUUGAGGGGUCAGAGCGAUCCGAAGUCUUGAUCGACGGGUGCAAGUUGAGCGACCUGUCUCUUAAUUUCACGCUGCCAGGCUACGAGGACGUCGAACUGUGUCCAAAUGGACAGGAUGUGGAAGUUGACCACAACAAUCUGGAACGAUACGUGGACAAAGUGAUCGACCUUACCAUUAAAUCCGGUGUGCGUUCCCAAAUCCACUCUUUUGUGGAAGGAUUUUCGGCUGUCUUCCCCUUCUCCUCGAUGACCAUUUUCUCUUCAGCAGAACUUGUCAAGCUUCUUGGAAACGGUGAAGAGGACUGGUCGUACGAGACAUUGUCUGGUGUCAUUCAUGCGGAUCAUGGCUAUAGUAUGGAUUCGCCAAGCGUGCAGCGUCUGAUGGAGAUCAUGAGCGAGUUCACCGCGGACGAACGUCGCAAGUUUCUCCAGUUCCUUACUGGAUCGCCAAAACUCCCAAUUGGAGGUUUCAAAUCUUUGAGCCCAGAUUUCACAGUUGUUCUCAAGCACCCUGAGGACGGUCUGAAGCCGGACAAUUACCUGCCGAGCGUGAUGACGUGCGCCAACUAUCUCAAGCUGCCCGACUACUCAUCUAAAAGCGUCAUGAAACAGCGCCUGCAAACCGCAAUGACCGAGGGCGCAAAUUCAUUUUUACUUUCAUAA